AUGGCAGCCAUCAGCAUCGCCGACCGCCAAGCCGCUUCGGCGCCGGCUCCCGAUACCAUCACCACCGCCGACUUCAACGUUGCCGACAUGGCCCUAUACGGACUAAAGCGCGCCCGCGCCCGCCUCACUGCCCUAGAUGCCAAGCCGGUAUGGGAUGCCGCCGACACAGCCUCCUUCGACUGCAUGCACUACCUCGGCGACACCGCCCUGCACGCGGCCGCCCGAGCCCUCCGCCUGCAACCUGGCGCGCGCGUCGUUGACGUCGGCGCCGGUUUCGGCGCCACCGGCCGCUUCCUCCAUCGCCACUACGGCGCCGACGUCACCGGCAUCGAGCUGCAGUCCGCCAUCCACGACCUCGCCGAGACCAUCACCGCGCGCAACCGGCUUUCCGCCCACGCGCGCUCCCUCAACGCCGACUUCACCACCCUCGCGCCUGCCGCCGUCGGCGCGCCCGUCGACCACGUCGUAUCGUUCCUCUGCAUCUUGCACAUCCCCGACCGUGCCGCCGUCUUCUCCAAGACGGCGUCGUUGCUGCGGAGAGACGGCGGCAUCUAUGUGGAGGACUUCUUCGCGCGGAAAGAGCUGGACGCGGAGAUGGUGCGAAAGCUGCGCGACGUGGUGUCGUGCCCGUACCUGCCGAGCCGCGAGCGGUACGUGGCGGACCUGGAGGGCGCGGGCUUCGGGGACGUGGUGUUUGAGGAGGUGACGGACGCUUGGGCGGACUACGUGCAUGCGCGCGCGAUCGAGUACAGGCGGUCGUCGGAGCCUGAGCCGUUUCUGAUGACGUUUUACGAUACCAUUGAUGAGUUAUUCCAAGGGGGGAAGCUAGGAGGUGCUCGGAUCAUGGCGAGAAAAAUAGAGUAG